AUGGCUCGAUCGGACACAGAAGUCUGGGCGCUCAAGCUCGCCAAUGUAGCCAGCUACCUCCUCUUUACAUCCUCCAAUGUGUACUCGGGUCUCUCAGGCCACAAGAUGGGCGGCCCAAUCACCACCUACAUCACGCCUGCGCCGUGGUUUUUCGGCGUGUGGUCGCUCAUUCAUACGCUGCUGUUCGGCCUCAUGGUGUAUCAGUUUUGGCCGUCGGGCCACAAGGCUGUGACGGAGCACCUGGGAUGGAGACUCCCUUUGCUUCUGUUCCUCAACUCGCUCUGCAGCAUGUUCUACUCGUUCGAUGGAUCUCGCGUCUUCAGCCUCGGCGCCUUUUUGGUGCUCCUGCUCGUGGCGGGCAUUGUCAGCCACAUCUACGGCAUCCUGCGCAUGUCCAGCGAUAGCUCUAGCGUGCCUGAAGUCCUGUUUGUCCAUCUGCCCGUGUCCUUGUACCACGGAUUCAUCGUGAUCAUUUUCUUUGUCGCUGCGUUUGCCGUGGCAGGCGUCGAUGCACACGCCCACCAGGCGGGCCUCAUCACCAAGGCACUCGUCUUCGUCUCCCUCUUCUUUCUGGAGAGCACUGCGGCAGGCUAUGUGUUCUAUGGCAAUGGCGACAUCGCCGGCGCCUUGGUGAUCUCAAUGGGUCUCCUCGCCAUUGCCUGCGAGCAGCGAUCGUCUCGCUUUAUUCACUGGUCGGCCAUCAUAUUUUUCGUGAUCUCCUUCCUGGCUGUGCUCCGCGCCACAGUGGCUGCCAUCCAGAGCAGGCGCCGAUCGUGGACUGUGCCCACCAGAGCCGACGAGGAGAGCGCUCCUCUCGUCCACUAA